GCGAGAGAUCGGAUCCGUAACAUCAAAACUAUCUUGAAAAGUUGGAGGUGGGAAACUUCGUUAACAGCGAGAAGUGACAUGAAGCAACAAGUCAAACCCAGACCCGGAGCUGACCCGCACUUUAGGAAACCGCCAGCAGCCAAAUAAGGCCUUGAGAACAAGGUGUCUGGAUUCUUUACCCAAUCGAGAACCACUGGCAUCGAGAACACCACGAAAACCAGCAGACUAGAGCCUGACACCUGUAAACUCGGAGAGUACCUUCAGGAAGGUGCAGAGGAAGCGCUCUGGGACUGCCUGAAGAAGGCGGCCUUCAUCAUCGGAUCCGGAAUCUUCCUCCUGGCGGCGUUUGGGAAUUCCAUCACAUGGCACCUGCAAAGGUUCUGGGGAGCUUCUGGAGACUUCUGGCAGAUGCAGUGGAGCAAACUGCACUUCCUGUUUGGCGACCAACAGUGGGCCUUGUUCAUCAUGGGCUCCAUGAUUGUGCCCACCUCGAUCUUCUGGCUCUUCAACGCUCUGCUCAUGAUGGCUGACUCCACAGGGAAGCCUUCCUUCAUCACACGCUACAGGAUCCAAGUCGACAAGAACAAUCCGGUGGACCCAGAGAAGCUCCGGCAGGCGGUGAAGACGGUGCUGUGGAACCAGGUCUUCCUCUCCGUGCCCAUGGUGUUGCUGGCCUACCUGCUGCUGUGCCAGCGGGGGGACCCCUGCAGCCUGGAGCUGCCCAUCUUCCACUGGGUCCUGCUGGAGGUGGGCCUGUGCGGCCUGCUGGAGGAGGUCCUGUUCUACUACUCACACAGGCUGUUCCACCACCCUGCCAUCUACAAGCGCAUCCAUAAGAUCCACCACGAGUGGACCGCGCCCGUCGGAAUCAUCUCCCUGUACUGCCAUCCCCUGGAGCACGUGCUGUCCAAUAUGCUGCCCGUCCUGGUUGGUCCACUGAUGCUGGGGUCUCACAUGGUGACCCUGUCACUGUGGUUCACUGUCGCCCUGCUGGUUACCACGGUUUCCCACUGCGGUUACCACCUCCCCCUGCUGCCGUCCCCCGAGUUCCACGACUUCCACCACCUGAAGUUUAAUCAGUGCUACGGUGUGCUGGGGGUGCUGGACAGACUGCACGGGACAGACUCCGUCUUCAGGAAGACCAAAGCAUACGAACGGCACCUCCUGCUCCUCAGCCUCACCCCGCUGACCGAGAGCAUCCCGGACACGCCCAAGAAGAGUCAGUGACUCCCCCACGACCUCGCCCAAGAAGAGUCAGUGACUCCCCCACGACCUCGCCCAAAAAGAGUCAGUGACUCCCCCACGACCUCGCCCAAAAAGAGUCAGUGACUCCCCCACGACCUCGCCCAAAAAGAGUCAGUGACUCCCCCACGACCUCGCCCAAAAAGAGUCAGUGACUCCCCCACGACCUCGCCCAAAAAGAGUCAGUGACUCCCCCACGACCUCGCCCAAAAAGAGUCAGUGACUCCCCCACGACCUCGCCCAAAAAGAGUCAGUGACUCCCCCACGACCUCGCCCAAAAAGAGUCAGUGACUCCCCCACGACCUCGCCCAAAAAGAGUCAGUGACUCCCCCACGACCUCGCCCAAAAAGAGUCAGUGACUCCCCCACGACCUCGCCCAAAAAGAGUCAGUGACUCCCCCACGACCUCGCCCAAAAAGAGUCAGUGACUCCCCCACGACCUCGCCCAAAAAGAGUCAGUGACUCCCCCACGACCUCGCCCAAAAAGAGUCAGCGACUCCCCCACGACCUCGCCCAAAGAGUCAGCGACUCCCCCACGACCUCGCCCAAAAAGAGUCAGUGACUCCCCCACGACCUCGCCCAAAAAGAGUCAGUGACUCCCCCACGACCUCGCCCAAAAAGAGUCAGCGACUCCCCCACGACCUCGCCCAAAAAGAGUCAGUGACUCCCCCACGACCUCGCCCAAAAAGAGUCAGUGACUCCCCCACGACCUCGCCCAAGAAGAGUCAGUGACUCCCCCACGACCUCGCCCAAAAAGAGCCACUGGAGGAGCUUCAUGUGAAAUAUUUGCAAUUGCACGUAAUCUUGUUUCUAUUUUAACAAGCCAAUUCAAAACACUACGCUGGUCCACUGAGAGUACUGCCUGCAUUAUGCGGCUAUAUUUGAGUGUGAGACGACGUUCUCAGGGAAAGGGUAAAGGUUCCACACCUACAGUAGGUAAAUCGCUCUCUCUAUCAGUUUAUGUAGGUCAAACUCUCGGUGGUUAUCAUUAUAAAUGAUUAAACGGUUCAUCAGUACAUAGUUCAGAUGUAUUAUCCCCAGAGUAAACCGAAGAAACCUUUACCCUGUACAAUCAUGCCAUCGAUCGGAGAGCUGCAAUGAGUUCAGGAAAAUGGCUCGAUAACUUUUUCCACUGCACAUUUGUCCUAUGUGAUGAAGAAAUUGUGUUUAAUAAAAUUAAAAUGUUUCAAUUUUAAUAAAUAUCUAAUAUCAGUGAAGAGGAAUUUUCA